GUGGAAUAUAAGGAGAACGCUGAGGGCUUGGAAACGCUGGAAUGGACUUGACCUAAACCACAAAGUCAAGUAAGAAAAAAACAACGUUAAGGAAAGUAAAUCCUCAUGAAGAAACCCGCAUUUCUCCGUUUUGUCACCGUUGAAGGGUUGAAAAACCUUUCUAGACUCGGUGUUUUAAUGAGCACAUCUUUUUGCUUGGCCUUGUUGUUUGUCAGCAGUAUUGUGGAUUACUACACCUUGUGGAAUCCCGGACCAGAAUCUUCGUUUACCUCAGCUGAGACUUACUAUACACUUUUAGCCAAUGCAAGCGUUUACCAUAAAUACUUUUUUUACUUUGUUGUUGCUUCAGGAAUGGUAUUUCAUCUUAUCCAAGCCAACAAAGUCACCGGUGACGACCGCCUGUAUUACUAUUCCAGCACUCUUUUGUACAUAACCGCAACUGUGAUAUUUAUCGUCAACGUUUCUCCUGCUAUCAUCACUGCAAAAUUACGACGAUAUGUUCAGUUUGAUAGAAACAUGCAUUUUAUGGUUCUUGGUGCUUCCCAAGUUUUGAUUGGUUUUCUCUUAGCCGGUGUCCUUCUUCUCCAGCUUGGUCAUCUAUUUGCCCUUCAUGUAACCGCCAUCGUUCAAAGUGAGUAUACAGAAGAACAAUCUAAUGAAGCGGCCGAACAGGAAAUCUCUACUACUGACAAAGAAUACACUUCCAAAGUCAGCUCCAAAUAUUCCAGUCAAGUGCAAAACAAAAAGACAAAUUAGGCUUAAAAAAAGCCCCUGAAUUAUUUUUUGGUAUUAUGAUCUUUAUCUGUUAUAUUUAGUUUGCUAUCUACGGUAUUUUUUGGAAAAAUCAAUUCACAACUCACAUUCUUCCCAGUAUUCUGUCGUUUCAUCGCAUGACAUGGAUCACGAUUUCGUAGCAUAUAUGAACUUUCUUCUACUAUUAUUUGAGUUUACUUUAAUUGUCAAUUGCUCUUUUAUUGUAUUUUCAUUCUCUAUUAAUCCAAGU